AUGUCAGGACUUGAAAUAGCAGCAGCAGCAAUACUUGGUAGUCAGUUGAUAGAGGCCAAAUAUUUGAUUAAAGAUGACGUCAAGUUAGCAGCAAAGGUUGUCACCAAUGCAUUGCCUUACAUGUGGAAAGCACUGAGAGGUAAAGCUUCCUAUUGGUAUUACUUUGAAGAGUCAGCUAGAAAGUACAAGGAUCACAAAGCUUUGGCAUUUCCAAGACCUAAGAAGAACCCACCUCCAGUCAAGACCGACGCUGAAGGGUUCAAAUUUCUUGAUGACCAGUUUGAAAUUGAAGAAUAUACAUACAAGGAGUUGUAUAACAUGGUUUUACGAUUCUCGUACAUCUUGAAGAACGAAUACGGUGUCACAGCUAACCAAACAAUCGGGGUAGACUGCAUGAACAAGCCCUUAUUUAUCGUCUUGUGGUUGGCCUUAUGGAACAUUGGUGCUUUGCCCGCAUUUUUAAACUUCAAUACCAAAGAUAAGCCUUUGGUUCACUGUCUUAAGAUUGCCGGUGUUUCUCAAGUCUUUAUUGAUCCCGACUGUGCUGGUCCAAUAAGAGAAACUGAACAGACUAUCACUGAAGAGUUGCCCCAAGUCAAGUUACACUAUCUUGAUGAGUUUGCCUUGUUUGAUAGAUUACAGUCGAAAUCAACUCCAAAGUAUAGAGCUAAAGAUGAAACUAGGAGACCAGAAGAUACUGACUCAAGCGCAUGUGCUUUGAUUUACACUUCUGGUACGACUGGUUUGCCAAAAGCAGGUAUUAUGUCUUGGAGAAAAGCCUUUAUGGCUUCUGUCUUUUUUGGAUACAUCAUGAAAGUUGGAAACACCUCCAAUGUCUUGACUGCUAUGCCAUUGUAUCAUUCUACUGCCGCCAUGUUGGGUGUGUGUCCAACUUUGUUGAAUGGUGGAUGUGUGUCAAUAUCACAAAAGUUUUCUGCUACGUCAUUCUGGACCCAAGCUAGAUUAGUCGGAGCCACCCAUAUCCAAUACGUGGGAGAAGUGUGUCGUUACUUGUUGAAUUCUGCCCCUCACCCUGACCAACAGAAGCAUGAUGUAACCAUCGCUUAUGGUAAUGGAUUAAGACGUGAUAUUUGGACUGAAUUCAAAAACAGAUUCCACAUCAAGGGUGUUGGUGAGUUCUACGCCGCAACUGAAUCCCCGAUUGCCACCACCAACAUUCAAUUUGGAGAAUUUGGAAAAGGGGCUUGCAGAAAAUACGGAUCAUUGAUUACUUUGUUGCUCAACACGCAACAAAAGUUGGCCAAGAUGGACCCAGAAGAUGAAAAUGAAAUGUGGAAGAAUCCAAAGACAGGUUUCUACGAGGAAGCUGCCUAUAACCAGCCAGGUGAGUUGUUGAUGAGAAUUAUUAACCCGCAAGAUGUGGGCAGGUCGUUCCAAGGUUAUUACGGAAACAAGAAGGCUACCAGUAGCAAGAUUUUGUUUGAUGUGUUCAAGAAGGGUGAUGCAUGGUUCAGAUCCGGUGAUUUGUUAAAGAUGGACGAGGACGGUUUAUUUUAUUUCGUUGAUAGAUUGGGAGAUACAUUCCGUUGGAAAUCAGAAAAUGUUUCAGCUAGUGAGGUUGAAAACGAGUUGAUGGGUUCAAAUUCUAUCAAACAAUCAGUUGUUGUCGGUGUACAGGUUCCAAAUCACGAAGGUAGAGCUUGUUUUGCUGUUAUUGAGCCAAAGGAUGAGUUGGAUCAUUCAGAAGUUUUGAAAAAGAUUUACGAACAUUCUCAAAAGUCAUUACCUAGUUAUGCACAGCCGGCUUUCAUCAAGCUUGGCACUAUUGAAGCCUCGCACAAUCACAAGGUUCCAAAGAACCAAUACAAAAAGCAAAAGUUGCCUAAAGGAGAAAGUGGUGAUGAACUUAUUUACUGGUUGAAUGGGAACAAAUACGCUGAGUUGACCGAGGCUGAUUGGGCCCAAAUCUGUGCAGGAAAGGCCAAGUUAUAG